AUCAGAUCCUUGCCCCACCGUCUGUAUCAUACUUCGUCAACGCCGACCACGACAACGCUGACUACGAAUCAUGGCUGAAAACUACUACAUCGGGAUCGACGUCGGUACAGGCUCUGCGCGUGCUGGUCUCGUCAAAUCAGACGGUACUCUAGUCGCAUCCUCUACCCAGGACACUCAGACAUGGCGGGAUCAUCAGGACCACCGCAUCUUCGAGCAAUCUACCACGGACGUCUGGAAGGGCAUUGCUACUGCUAUCCGUACUGUUCUCUCAGAGUCCAAAGUCUCUCCGAAGGAUGUGAAGGGCUUAGGCUUCGACGCAACCUGCUCGCUUGCAGUGACAGACUUCGAUGGGGAGCCCAUCAGCGUCACGAAGGGAGAGCCUCUGGGAAAAAAGGGAGAGAGAAACAUCAUUCUGUGGGCUGAUCAUCGAGCGGAGAAGGAGGCAGAGCUUAUCAACAGUAAACAUUCUGUUCCGCUAGACUUUGUCGGCGGAACAAUGAGCUUGGAGAUGGAGAUCCCCAAGGUUCUCUGGCUCAAAAACAACAUGUCUCCCUCCGACUUUGACAAAUGUCAAUUUUUCGAUCUCCCUGACUGGCUCACAUACCGCGCCACAGGCCUCCCCGCACGCUCCGUCUGCUCCCUCACCUGCAAAUGCUCUUACGUGCCCUCCAAGGGUGGAUGGCAAUCCGAGUUCCUCGACCGCAUCGGAUUGCAGCAACUGCACGAGAACGGGUACAAGCAGCUGGGUGCAACGAGGACGGCACAUGACGCUGAGGCAGCUCAGGCAGGGGAAACCUUCGGAACACAAAAGGAGGACGUAUUGACUGCUGGAACGCCCGUCGGGAAAGGGCUGUCGAAAAAGGCGGCAGAGGAGCUGGGUUUGGUGGAGGGCACGCCCGUUGGAAGCGGGGUUAUUGAUGCGUAUGCCGGAUGGCUCGGAACAGUUGCCGCUCGCCAUGAAGAGAAUGGGAAAUUGUCAGAGCUCGUCUCGUUCGAAGAGUCUGGACACCGACUGGCGGCCUGUGCUGGAACCAGCACCUGUCACAUCGUCCAGAGUCCCGAAGGCGUGUUUGUCAAGGGCGUAUGGGGCCCUUACAAGGGUCCCGUCUUCCCCGGUUGGUGGAUGAACGAAGGCGGGCAGUCCUCUACGGGCCAGCUCAUUGACUUCAUGAUCACCACCCACCCGGCCUACCCUCAACUCAAAGAACUUGCCGAGCAACGUAAAACGAAUAUUCAUCAAGUUCUUCGCGAUACCCUCGAAGAGAUCAGGAAAGCUGAGGGUGCAGAAUCGUUCACCGAGGUGAUCAAGGACAUCCACUUCUACCCAGAUUUACACGGCAACCGUUCUCCCAUCGCUGAUCCCCGCAUGCGCGGUUCCAUGAUGGGUCUUGCCCUCGACGCGACCCUACACGACCUAGCUCGCAAAUACGCCGUCACUCUCGAAGCCAUCGCCCUCCAGACUCAACACAUUCUCACCCAAAUGAAUGCCUCAGGCCACUCCAUAAACUCCAUCUACAUGUCAGGCUCUCAAGCCCAAAACGCCUUCCUCAUGUCCCUCCUCGCCAACGCUUGCUCCGUUCCUGUUAUCCUCCCGCACUCUUACUCCGCCGCCGUCGUGCUUGGCGCGGCGAUGCUCGGUCGUUUCGCAGCGGAGUAUGCGAGCGGCAAGAAGUUCAAGGACGAGAAGGAGCACUGUGAGAGGCUUUGGGGCAUCAUGGUGGCGAUGACGCCGAAGGGAAGUAUCGUGAAGCCAGAGGCGUCGAAGAAGGACAGGAAGAUUUUAGACGCGAAGUACAAGAUCUUCUUGGAGAGUAUUGAUAUCCAAAAGAGAUGGAGGAAGGAGAUGGAGGAUGCGGCGAAGUGAAGCAUGAAGUUGAUUUUUCCCUGCAGCAACAGAUAGACAAGCGGGCAGCAUAGAUUGAACGAAUCCAAAAUGUAUCGACAUGUAUUCUUGCGUUGACUCCGAGACGGUAGAUCGUCAAAUAGAUGCGGCUUAUUCCAUCUCAAGACGGGUACGG